AAAAUAAUCAUAAUAAAAAAUAAAUAAAGACAGAGAACAAAGAAAGGAAGCCAAGCUUGGCGCUGGAAAGAUGGCUGUCAUUGCUUUGUAUGCCCCCCCUCCACCCCCUUGUAACGUUGCCUUGUUUGUCGAAGGCGUUCAUGCCCGGAAUUGCUGUGAGUUUUCCGGGUUGUAUUGCCAUGUUCCAGAAGCAUUCUCUCCUGACGUUUCACCCACAUCUAUGGCAGGCAUCCUCAGUGGUUGUGAGGUAUGUAUCUGAGGAAGACUGCCAUAUAUGUGGGUGAAAAGUUAGGGAAGCUUGCUUCUGGAACACGGCCAUACACCCGAAAAACUUACAGCAACCCAUUGCCUUGUUUGAUGAAGAGAGUCGUUACUCGCGCUCAGAUCAACAAUCUAAUGUUUUGAAGUGUUUGUUUUUAACAGGAUCUCCCUAGAGUUUGUAUGAGUGGAUCCCUGCCUUCCUUUCUCCUUCGCCUCAUUUAUCUCUUUCUUUGGCCGAGGAGGACAUUUUUCUCUGGCAAGAGAGGAGCCAAGGCUGGCAGGAUUUGAGCUGGCAGGGAUGAAUGAAUGGCAGUCAGGGCUCUCUCCCAAGAGGCGAAGAAAUAGUCCGCCCCACUCGCGGCAGUGGCAGUGGCGACCUUUUCUCCCGGUAGGUAAGGCCACGCCUGCUCUGGAGCCUGCCUAGGCUUUGGCUGUAGCCUUCAUUUUGGAUCUCCCUUCCCUCCCUCCCUCUCUCCUCGUCCUUGUGGGUUGAUGCGAGCCCCCUCCUCCCCUCCCUCUUCGCCCCCUUUCCCUCCCUCCCUCUCUUUUGCAGCCCCAGUUGAGCGGAUUGAUUUACCCGGAGUAUUGGUAAAUACCGUCACGUGGGCGGAGGGACCAAUGGUGAAGAGCAGGGGCCGCCUGCAAAAAUACUACGAUUGUUCUCCAGGAAAGGCGGCGAAUCUUCCACAGUUAAAACAGUGUGUGUGUGUGUGUGUAUAUAUUUUUUUUUAUUUGGGGGGCGAAAAAAAUAUUUAUUUAUUUUUUGGAGAGGGGAAGGAAAAAAAAAACACCCAACAACAACAAGGACCCGUUUGUUUGAUUUUCCUCCUUUAAUGCCUUUAAUGUCCGAUGCCCUGCCACGGAGGGAGCCUCCACAAACAUGUCGUCGAGCGGCACAAUCAGUAACUACUACGUGGAUGCCCUCAUAGGCCACGACAACGGCGAGGAGGUUUAUGGAGGCGGCGGGGGAGGGGGUUCGGCCCGGUUCCUGGCAGGGGGAGCCCCCCAUCACCCGCAAUCGGCGCCCCGGCCUUCUUCCUCCUCCGCCUCCGCCUCGGACUUCGCCUCCUGCAGCUUCGCGCCCAAGGCUUCCUCUUCCGUCUUCGCCGCCGGGUCCUGGCCGCCGGUUCAUCCUCCUCCUCCUCCUCAGCCCAUGCCGGGGAUUUACCACCCGUACAUGCCCCAGCCGCAUUUGGGGGGCUCUGGAGAGAGUGGCGGCAGGUACGUGCGCUCCUGGAUCGAGCCCUUCGCCCCUUUUGCCAACAACAGCAGCAGCUCUGCAGUAACAGCAGGAGGAGGCGGCGGCGGAAGCAGCAACGGCAACGGCACCCUCCCAGUCCCCUCCACCGCUGCGCCCACCCUCCACCCCUCCAGCGCCCGCCACUAUGGACUGGUGAAGCCGGAAAGUGGGGCCCCCUCUGCCUCCGCUUCCGCCUCUGCCUCUUCUCCUCCUCCUCCUCCCGAAAGGACCGAGUGCGCCCCUCCUAGGGAGCCCCAAGGCAUCGCCGCCGGGCCCGGAGACUUCCCCCAAGGGCCCUUCCUGGCCGAGAAGGUGUCCUCCGGCAACGGGGCGCCCCCAAACCCCGCUGGCGCCCCCCACAGCAACGCCAGCAGCCGCAACGCCAGCCCCAGCCGUGACCCGAAAGAGGAGAAGCAGCAGCAGCAGCAACUUGACCCAAAUAACCCCGCGGCCAACUGGAUCCACGCUCGCUCCACGCGGAAAAAGCGCUGCCCUUACACCAAAUUCCAAACGCUGGAACUGGAAAAGGAAUUUCUCUUUAACAUGUACCUCACCCGGGACCGGCGUUACGAAGUGGCUAGGAUUUUAAACCUCACAGAGAGACAGGUCAAAAUCUGGUUUCAGAACCGGAGGAUGAAAAUGAAAAAGAUGAACAAGGAGAAAAACAACAAAGGGGACUAAGGAUCCACGCGGGACUGCUUUGAGUGGGGUGUUAGAUGUCUGGAGGGGUUUCUACUCGCACAUAAAGAGGGAUUCAUUAUUGUGAACAUUAUAUGCAUAUGUGUUGUCGAGGGCUUUCACGGCGGGAUCACUGGGUUACUGUGAGUUUUCCGGGCUGUAUGGCCAUGUUCUUGAGGUUUCACCCACAUCUAUGGCAGACAACCUCUGAGGAUGCCUGCCAUAGAUGUGGGCAGAACGUCAGGAGAGGAUGCUUCUGGAACAUGGUCAUACAGCCUGGAAAACUAACAGCAACCCAUUAUAUAUAUACUUUCCCCGAGAACUUUCCCGAAGAGCCGGUGGCUUUAUUUUAUUUUUAUUUGCAUUUUUUUAAAAAUAGUAACUGUGGUUUGUGUCAAGUAUUUUGGGGGUGGGGUGGGGAACGACUGGAUGGGGAAAGAGGUCCUGGGGUUGCCAGAAAAAGGGUUUCUCAACGAUUUUUCUUUCCUCUCACCUCCUGUUUUGGUUUGCGAAUAUUGUGAGCGCACGUUAGUGGGGAAAAAAGGGGAAACUUUGUCUAAAUAUCAAGUAUUCUGAGAUGUUUCUAGUCGAGAAACAGAACUAGAAAGGGCAUCCUCCCUUCUCCUCCUCAGACAUAUUAAAGAAAAACAAACAAGCAAGCAAACCAGGCUGAUAAAAUUAUUGAAUCUUAAAGAAGAGGAAUUGCAGUAGCAGGGCUGCCCAGGAUUUCCCAAAUGAGGGGCUGGAAAAGGAAUUAAAGAAAGCAAAUAAAAAACAGACUUCUGCCUUU